GACGUGGUGCUGGAGCUGGAGUUUGAGGGUGUGAAGGAGAAGUUCACGAUGGUCCAAGUGUGGCCUGUGAGAACGGUCCGUCCGGUGACCGAGAAACUACCGGCGAAUCACCCGCUGCUGACCGGCCAGAGAGUGCUGGAUGCUCUGUUCCCGUGUGUACAGGGCGGCACUACUGCCAUCCCGGGGGCUUUUGGUUGCGGUAAGACUGUGAUCUCACAAUCCUUGUCCAAGUACUCGAACAGUGAUGUCAUCAUCUAUGUCGGAUGCGGAGAAAGAGGAAACGAGAUGUCUGAAGUACUGAGGGACUUUCCUGAGCUGACUAUGGAGGUGGACGGUAAAGUGGAAAGCAUCAUGAAGAGAACCUCCCUGGUCGCCAACACAUCCAACAUGCCUGUGGCCGCCAGAGAAGCCUCUAUUUACACUGGAAUCACACUUUCAGAAUAUUUCCGAGACAUGGGCUACAACGUCAGUAUGAUGGCCGACUCCACCUCCCGAUGGGCCGAGGCGCUCAGAGAAAUCUCUGGACGUUUGGCAGAAAUGCCUGCUGACAGCGGUUACCCGGCCUACCUCGGCGCACGCUUGGCCUCUUUCUAUGAGCGAGCCGGACGGGUGAAGUGUCUGGGAAACCCCGAGAGGGAAGGCAGCGUCAGCAUUGUGGGGGCUGUGUCGCCACCUGGUGGAGACUUCUCAGAUCCUGUCACCUCUGCCACCCUGGGUAUUGUACAGGUCUUCUGGGGUUUGGAUAAGAAGUUAGCUCAGAGGAAGCACUUCCCCUCUGUGAACUGGCUGAUCAGCUACAGUAAGUACUCCAGGGCGCUGGACGAGUACUAUGACAAACACUUCCCCGAGUUUGUGCCUCUCAGGACCAAAGCCAGGGAAAUUCUGCAGGAAGAGGAGGACCUGGCUGAGAUUGUCCAGCUGGUCGGGAAGGCUUCAUUGGCAGAAACCGAUAAGAUCACUCUUGAGGUGGCCAAACUGUUAAAGGACGAUUUCCUGCAGCAGAACGGCUACACCCCAUAUGACAGGUUCUGUCCUUUCUACAAGACGGUCGGCAUACUCUACAACAUGAUCGCCUUCUACGACAUGUCCCGCCGCGCCGUGGAGACCACGGCACAGAGUGACAACAAGAUCACGUGGGCUAUCAUUAGGGAAAACAUGGGAGAGAUCCUGUACAGACUGACCUCCAUGAAAUUCAAGGACCCGGUGAAAGAAGGAGAAGCCAAGAUUAAGGGCGACUAUGCUCAGCUGCUGGAAGACAUGCAGAACGCCUUCCGUAGUCUAGAAGACUAAGAGCCAUAGAGGGCCGACCACCUGUCCACCACCCAUCAUCUCAGACCUCCAGCUGCUGCAUCAAGACUGGGGCUCCCGUAUAUCUACUCUAGACACCAGACCACCCUCCCAUGUGUAGUAGCCCCCUCUGCCCUCCUUCCUUCUCAGAUAGCGUCCAUUCCAGUGUGUAAUUGGUGGUGUGUGUGUAGCUUUCAUCCCAUUGGUGCAUUCUUAUGGGAAAGUCUAUGGAGCUGGGGGGGGGGGGGAGGAGGAGGGAGAUGCUGCAACCUGGCAGCUAAGUUUUUUCUGUUAAUCUACUUUCCACCGCUGCCGCAUCCGGUGCCACUCCAGCUGUGCAGAAGUACAACUCCCAGCAUGCUAGCAAGACUUCUGCUUUCGGAGCCUGCUAAGACUUUCGCAACAGCCAGAAAAGCCACCAGGUUUCACUCCAAAGCUCUGCACAUUCCAAAUGUCGUCAAAGGAUUAGGUUUACCUAGCUGGGACUUGUAGUUCUUAAAUAGGUAUCCCCAUUUGCACAGUAAUCUGAGCCAGAUUGCAUGAUCCCCCGGCCACAUCUUGUGUCUUACCUCUUAAUUCCAGAUGUCGUCAUACGUUCUUCUAGAACAGUGUUUUCACACCAGCCUUCGGCUGUCCGGGCAUGCUAGGAGUUGUAGUUUUGCAACAGCUGGAGGCACCCUGGUUGGUAAACACUGGUCUUAGAAUGUGAGCAACAGCGCCACCCCUGUCCACAGGUUGUGUUUGGUAUUACAACCAAAUCCAAGCUGUAAAGCAAAGCUCCACCUUCCAGAACCACUAUCUAGACCAGUGUUUCCCAACCAGUGUGGCUCCAGCUGUUGCAAAACUACAACUCCCAGCAUGCUUCAACAGCCUUCGGCUGUCUGGGAAUGUAGGGAGUUGUAGUUUUGCAACAGCUGGAGGUGCCCUCUUUGGGAAACACUGGUCUAGAGUCUGAGAAACAGCGCCACCCAUGUACUCAGGUUGUGUGCGGUAUUACAAUUUGGCUUCAUUCACUUCAGUGGAACUGCAGUACCAAACACAACCUGAGGACAGGGGCUGGUGCUGUUUUUGUAAGAUAUCCCCUGUGUUUUGUAAGAUAUAGCCCUUUAAGCAAUUCCUUAAUAUUUUUUCACUGUGGCUCUGAAGCAAUGUUUCCCAACCAGUGUGCCUCCAGCUGUUGCAAUACUCCAACUCCCAGCAUGCCCGGACAGCCGUCAGCGGUCUGAGCUUGCUGGGAGUUGUAGUUUUGCAACAGCUGGAGGCCCACUGGUUGGGAGAACACUGCCAUAAGCAAUCAAGCAGGGGGGGGGGGAGAAAUUGCAGUAGAAUUAUUAAGCAAGAUUUCCAUUCACAGACAGCCAGCAGAGAUGUUGAAAACUGUAAGAACUGAAACAUAUUUAGAAAAUUGCAGAACUUUUUUUUUGUUAUUUAAUUGGCAAAGAGGCAAAAUGACGCAUGUAGGGUGAGGACCUUAAUCAGCUGAUCAGCUCAUAUGAGCUCUACAGCGCCGUACAUUCAAUAUUGGCCGUACCCGGUAUUGCAGCUGAACCCAUUGAAGUGAAUGGAAGAGUUUCAGUUCCUGUCUGCGAAUGGGAACCCACAAAGACAGUAGCCGCCCCACCCUCCUUUUUUUAAUGCUCUAAAUAUUGUAUACAGACAUCGAUACACGAUACAAUACCGUAGACUGUGUUAUUAUUCAGUUCUAUCUAGGCCCUGUAUGCAGUCAGCUCUUUAGCUCCCCCUAGUGUUGGCUGCAGGCAGCAUUCUAUCAUGUGUCAACGUCUUGUUCAAACUAUUUGGGACAGAGUCCGGGCCAUUAUAUAAGCCACGUUAUUAAAUCUGCACUGAAUUUUUUUAAGCUAAAAAACGCUAAAAGAUGGCGAUGGCGAUAUACUUUAAGGUCGCGGCCAUAUACGGCUUAACUAAAGCUAGAACCCCGAUUUUGUAUUUUUUUUUUUUACCCCGUGAUUGAGUUGAUGCAGUGGUCUCCAUACUGCGGGCCUCCAGCUGUUGCAAAACUACAACUCCCAGCAUGCCCGGACAGCCGUUGGCUGUCCGGGCAUGCUGGGAGUUGUAGUUUUGCAACAGCUGGAGGUCCACGGUUUGGAGACCACUGUUAUACAGAAUAUGGUACUGACAACCUAUAGGGAAAUUUGAACAAGUUGUCACGUGGCUGCUGACACGCUGAGGAUCGUGGCCCAGUAUAUCUGCCCCCUCCACCUCUUCUCCUAAACCCCCCCCCCCCCCAUACCUGGAGUAAAUGCUGGUGAAUUGUAUGUGACGCCGCCCCCUAUGUGUCCGCUCAUUUGUCGUGUUCCCUCAUCGCUCUUUGUCGUAUAAUCUGUCCUCGCCCCCUCCGCACAGAUGCCUUUCUGCCCUAUCUGCCCCAAAGGGUGGGGGGGAGGGGGGGGGGUGACUACCCCUUGAUGCAAGAUAUGUAAAGAUGAUAGAGAUGUGUAUUUAUUGUACUGUCGGCGGUCUCCUGCGGGGGGCGCCGCCGUGAGCAGCUCCUGGAUCCUAUUAUUUUUCGUUGUUCUUGUUGUACGUGUUUUUUGCGCUUUUGUUCACUGUAUUAUUCGUUCCGUUUUCAUUUUUCUUUUUUCCUUACAAAGAAGUUAAAAAAAAAGAGAUUUAAAGACACAGUAACGCACUCGAUGACUACGAACGAUGACUUGAAAUUUGUGUAAAGUUGUUUAAAUUCUUAAGAUUAAAAUAUAAAUUUAAAUGUAAAAAAAAAAAAAAAAAACUAAAAAAUAUGGAAUU